UCGCCGCCGGCCCCGCAGCCGGAGAGCAGCGCGCGCGCGCACACGGACAGACCCUAGAGCCGGGGAACUCUCAGGUGUGAAGGUGUUUGUCCCUCGCCUUGCACCAUGGCUGAGGUGGAAGAAACCCUGAAGCGAAUUCAGAGUCAGAAGGGAGUGCAAGGAAUCAUUGUUGUUAACUCAGAAGGUAUUCCCAUUAAAAGCACCAUGGACAACUCCACCACUGUGCAAUACGCAGGCUUAAUACACAGCUUAAUCAUGAAGGCCAGGGGCACGGUGCGAGAUAUUGAUCCCCAGAAUGACCUCACCUUCUUGCGGAUUCGUUCCAAGAAAAAUGAAAUCAUGGUUGCACCAGAUAAGGACUAUUUCCUGAUUGUUGUUCAGAACCCAACUGAGUGAAAGCUUCCUAAGAAGAUCUAAAAUUCCUUAUACCCAAAUGCAUUUUUAUUUAAUAUCCAGAACAGCCAUUAUUAUUUCACUGCUUGUGCCACCGUAAUAAAGUUUAAGAAAUUCUUUUUUUUUUUUUUAGUAAACAUAGGUUUGAAGAAUCUUUUAAUAUGACUGAAAUGUCUUUGUCAUUCCAUGGAGAAGUCUGAUGAUGAAAUCAGGGUGACUUAAAUGUCAAAAAUAGAUGUUUCUUAAGAAUUUAAUCUGAUUAACAUUGCUAUUGUCUGUAUAUUUGUAAUCCCUAAAUAAGUGGAUUUUUAUCCCCCUUUUGUUUUGUCAUUUAUUUAAAUAUAGAGAGCCUUUUUUCCUGAAAUGAAUUAAAAAAUCCUAAUCAAAAAUUA